AUGGUGGAAAAAGGGAAGGAGGAUCGACAGAUUGCGUGGAUUUACGAAGGCACGAAAUCGUUGGUUAAUCGAGAAGACUAUCUACUGGGUAAAAAGGUGGAUAAGAAUUUCGAACUCUACUCGGAUGCUGUCGUCAAGGAGAAAGAAAGCGGAAUUGAGGCAUUAGAAAAGCCUCAGCGGUACAUAAAUGGUACUUCUUCGUCGAGGAUAUCCAAUCUGGAAGUUGAUAUUGUGAGAACUGAAGAUCCGUUGGUGGCUAUUAAGGUGAGAGAAGAAAGGAUUUGGCAGGAGAAGAUAGAGAAUCCUUUAGUGCAAUUAAGAAUGCAAAAAUUGAUGAAGAAAGUAAUGGAAAAGAGGGAAAAGAAGCGAUUAAAGAAACUGAAGAAGUUGGAAAAAGAAAAAAAAUGUAGGCAUAAUGCGGAUUGCGAUGACAAUGCCCAUCACUUUGAGAAACGGAAUGAACGGCAUCAUAUUAUUGAUGAAGAAUCUUCAGCAAUGCCUUCAGUGUCCUCAGAGCGAACGAAAGAAAAGCGAAGAGGAAAAAAUUUGCAGAAGGAUAGCCAUAUCCCGGCACACUUACGACCCAAAUACAGUUCAUCAUCGGAAAGCGUUGGUAGCGAAGACGAGAGUAAAGAAGUGGACAGAAAAUCACGGAAAGAGGGAUAUGGUUUGGUGAAGAAAGGAAAAUACGAAGCACGGAAGCGGGAAGAAAUCAACAAUCCCUAUAAGACUCUUCCAAGAAAACAAAUUGAAACUUACAAGAGGCCAGAACGUCGUCAGCUGACGGAAGAAGAAAUGGAAAUAAAACGAAGAGAAAUGUUGGAAAAUGCGGAUUGGAGGGAUGCAGUUCGGAUGAAGAAUAUCAAAAGAAAUGCGCGACGAGAUGAGGAAGAAAAUCGAAGAAAUGAAGGAAAGACAGCUAAUUUUAUCAGACCGAUGCUGAACAAUGUCGCAUCGACAGUCACUGUGGAGCAACAGUUGAAGAGUCAUCGGAGAGAAUUACAACGCACCAACGAUUUUACUGAACAAAAGUUUGCUAGACGAUGA